UUCGAGAGUCUGUGAGAGUCAGGGGACAGUGUAUGUGGCAGCUGGACUUUGACAGUUUCUUCCAGAAAAAGAGUAACAGACUCAUUCCAAGGAGGUUUUUAAAGCUACUGAAGUUGGAAGGUGGGGAUCUGAUCUGAGCUGGUGUACACAAGGAAGAUAAAGCGGCUGCAACACUGAUUCAAUCAAAACUCAAGAGAAGCUCUGAGGACAGCCAGGGAUGGAGCCCUGGGUUCCUGUUCCACAGCCUCAGCCCCAAGGGAGGCCUGCAGCACAGCCUAAGGGGCUUCAGAGGGGUGGCUAUCACAAGCCUCUGAUCCCUCAAUCUCAGCAAAGUGGUGGGAAGUUCUACCAGUGGUCAGACCUUCGAGGGGGCCCUCCACCAUGGCCAAACCAAUGGACAGACUACCAGUGGACAAACCACCCAUAUAGGCCAGGGGAUCAGAGUAGGCCUCAUUCUGGGGCUGAGUAUUAUGAAGGUGGUUAUCCCAGUCAGCUAUAUCCCAGGUCAGGAUAUGAGAAUCCAUAUCAGAACCACCCUCCUACAAGCACAAGGGAAGAGUAUACCUAUGGAAGUUACUAUCGUGGACACUCACAACUGUGGAAAGAAGAGCGAGCUCCAAGGCAGGGGAGUCCCUACAAUAGGCAUGGAGAUUAUAGGGAUCAAAACCCCUACAGUGACUACCAUGAGGAAAGACGGAGCAGCCCGUUUGGAACAAAUGGUGAAAUCCAGUCUCGGUCUAAUCGUUAUGAUACGUUCAAGGAAAGUCCAGUUUCUGACUCUGCCAGGCAAGAAAGGCCAGGGGAUGAGGAGCUGCAGCCCAGCACUUUGGAAGAUGCCAACACCUGGCUCAGUGAGCUUUCUUUGGCUGAUGAGUCCAGUUUGCUCCAGCAGUAUAAAGAGUCGGGUCUGAGCUCCAGCAGCUAUGAGCUCAGCCAGUACAUGCUGGAUUCUUCUGAUCAGUUUGAUUCCACCCCUUUGAAGACCUGGAGUCCUGUUCAGACAGAAGAUGCAUCCGCUGGUCCUGUAGACCCCAUGAAGUUCUUUGUCCCUCACACACCUAUGUGCUUUGGGCCAGGAGGUCAACUGAUACUGGUGUGCCCCAACCAUCCAGCUGAUGGGCAGACAGCACUUGUGGAAGUACACAGUUUGGAGGUUUUCCUUAAUGACACUGAGGAACAAGAGGAGCUCAGAGCUUUCUCAGGACCUCUGAUCAGGGAAGAUCUGCACAAGGUGGAUGUGAUGUUGUUUUGCCAGCAGAAGGCAGCUUUGAGUUGCGAGGCUGAGACGCCAAGGGGUAGAGACUUGGCCCUGCUCUGGAAGUUGUUGGUCCUCCUUUGUCGGCAGAAUGGGUCAAUGGUGGGGUCAGAUGUAGCUGAGCUGUUGAUGCAGGACUGCAGGAAGCUGGACAAAUAUAAAAGACAAGCCCCUGUGGCUAACCUGAUCAACCUGACCGAUGAUAAUUGGCCGGUAGCGAGCUCUGGGACACCCAACCUACUCACUGGUGAGAUUCCGCCCAGCGUAGAGACACCAGCCCGGAUUAUUGAGAAGUUCACUAAACUUCUCUUCUACGGAAGAAAGAAGGAAGCCCUGGAAUGGGCCAUGAGGAACCAUUUGUGGGGCCACGCACUCUUCUUGUCCAGCAAGAUGGACCUGAGGACUUACAGCUGGGUCAUGAGUGGCUUCAUUAGCUCUCUGGCUUUCAAUGAUCCUCUGCAGACCCUCUUCCAGCUCAUGUCCGGGAGGAUCCCCCAGGCAGCCACGUGCUGUGGGGACAAGCACUGGGGAGACUGGAGGCCACAUCUGGCGGUAAUGCUGUCCAAUCAGGUGGGAGACCCUGAAUUGCAUCAGCAAGCCAUCAUUACCAUGGGUGACACCCUGGCCGGGAAAGGGCUAUUGGAGGCAGCUCACUUCUGCUACCUGAUGGCCCAUGUGCCUUUUGGUCACUACACUGUGAAGACAGACCACCUGGUUUUGCUGGGCAGUAGCCACAGUCAGGAGUUUUUGAAAUUUGCAACCACUGAGGCCAUCCAAAGGACGGAAAUCUUCGAAUACUGUCAGAUGUUGGGACGCCCCAAGUCCUUCAUCCCUUCUUUCCAGGUAUACAAACUGCUUUAUGCUUCCCGUCUGGCAGAUUAUGGUCUCACAUCUCAGGCCUUGCAUUACUGUGAGGGUAUCAGCUCAAUCCUCCUGAGUCAGACAGAGAGCAGCCACCCUGUGCUAUUAGCAGAACUCAUCAAGUUAUCGGAACAGCUGAAGCUGUCAGACCCUCUGCUCUUGGAAAGACGUCAUCGAGGGAAAGAGCAAGAGCCUGAGUGGUUGGUGAAGCUUCGGGAGCGGCAAAGGGCACUCAAGUUUGCGAAAAAGGCAGAAGACUUUGGUGAUCCUGAUUUCAUUUACACAGAUAUUUUAAAAGACAGACAGUCAACAGCAGAAAACACCCUCUACCAAGAUCCCAGUCAGGGUCAGGGCAACUCAGAACCCUUCAGGUAUCCCUCAUCCAUGCAGCUUCCACCUGAGGGUACAGGUCUGAGCCAACCAGAUCUGCAGCAGCAUCCUCCCUUACAGCUAGGCCUGAGUCCUGCUGGGGAAGGACCAGGGCAUCCAGGCACACCAGUGCCUCUUUAUGCCAGGUCAGAGACAAUGACGGUAUCCUCUGCAAUGAUACAGCCAGAGGAAGAUCAGAAGGCACACCUACCCCAUGAGGAUAUCCCAGAAUCUCAAAAAUCGAACCAGUACCAGUACCAGUACCCUAAGAUUCAGAAGGACUCAGUGGCUUCUAGAGUACGGAGCAUUUCUGAGAGUUCCACCAUUUCUUUAGAUGAAGAAAAAGAAGACUCCUCAGACGAUGAUGAAAAGAAAGCUGUCCGAGAUAAUGUAAAGAGCAAGAAGGAAAAGAGUGCAAAGGGCUAUGGGUUUGGAUGGUUUGGUUGGUUUCGAUCAAAACCCGGUAAGAUGCCUUCUGUGGAAGAGGACUCCUCUGACAGCUCUGAUGUGGAGAAGACACCCACUGAACCUCAGCCUUCCUUGGCUAGCACAACCCCCUCUGAGUCAUCUACUCCCUUUUUUCUGCCUCACUUCAGUGCCGACACUGUCUCCAGAAGUCCAGGUGAGGGUGAAAGAAGAGGAUCCAUGAUUAAUAAAAAUCUGUCUGCAACAGAGGGUGCCCCCCACGAACUUCAUUUCAAUCCCAGUGGCCUAUCUCCUCCUCCCAACUUGGGAAAUGCUGUCCCUCUCUACAACCCAUCCCAGGUACCUCAGCUCUCCAUGACUGCCAGUGUGAAUCGUCCAAAUCGCCUCGCUCUGCGGCGCUAUCCAACUCAGUCAUGACGAGAAUCACUGAGAGCGUCCUUCCUGGACUUCAGGUUUUUCUCCCUCACAGCUGGGGCACAGGACCACGGUGCUGCCUUCGUAUCGGGCUUAGUUUUUUCACCUCCUAAUGCCUUGUUCUGUCCUCUCGGGAAGCGAUGGGGGUCCUUAUUACCAGAUCAUUAUCUCCGCAAGAGACACUGGAAGGCCAGGAGAGUGGCCUGGUUCAUUAUUUGUUGAACUUCUUUGGACAAAUAGGAGGGUAUUGCUUCAAUGGGUGUGUGUGUGAGGAAAACCCUUGGGAUGAAAGCAGACUGUGAGUGCACUGAAAGCUCUUCUGCAAUGGUGAUGACUUUCUCAGGAAAACAAGGAUCCACAGAACCCUUUGCUAGAAUCAUUUAUAACACCACUUGGCACAGUUAGGAAAUUCACUAUGAGGAGGAAGAUGGGCACAUAACAGAAGAACUUUUUACAUAUACUUAAGUCCCAGAACCAAGUUCUUAAAAUGCCAUGUAAUAGAGGCAGGUAGGUGGUACAGCGGUCACAGCACUGGCCUUGGAGUCAAGAGGAUCUGAUUUCAAAUCCGGCCUCAG